AUGUUUCGGCAACAGCAGAACGCCUUUGAUGACGCUGUCGCCAAGGCGACCGAUGAGAAUCUCACUUCCGAGAACUGGGAAUAUAUACUUGAUGUCUGCGACAAAGUGGCUGCGGAGGAAUCUGGUGCAAAGGAUGCUGUUGCUGCCUUGAUCAAGCGGCUUGCACAUCGCAAUGCCAAUGUGCAAUUAUACACUUUGGAGCUUGGAAAUGCCCUGGCGCAAAACUGCGGUCCUAAGAUCCAUCGCGAACUAGCAUCAAGAAGCUUCACGGAUGCCUUGUUACGACUGGCGAGUGAUAGGAACACCCACCAGCAAGUCAAGUCGAAGAUCUUGGAGCGCAUGCAGGAGUGGACGGAAAUGUUCGCCAGUAACCCGGAUUUCGGGAUCAUGGAACAAGCCUACAUGACGUUGAAGACGCAAAACCCCAACCUACAACCUCCGUCGAAACCCGUGAAAACGGAAAUCACAGACAUUGAUCGCCAGAAGGAGGAGGAAGAACUUCAAAUGGCUCUGGCACUCUCGAUAAGGGAGAAACCUAUACCGGCCGCCGCUGCCACCUCCGCCGCCGUUCUGGACCACCAGCCCGAAGCCAGCUCUUCCGCGGUCAACCAAGUCCAGGAAGCAGCUUCUCAAGCCGUGCCCUCGGGUACUUCAGCAGCUACCGUCUCGCGUGUCCGCGCGCUUUUCGACUUCCAGCCGUCGGAGCCGGGUGAAUUGCAGUUUCGCAAGGGCGAUGUCAUUGCUGUGCUCGAGUCGGUGUAUAAGGAUUGGUGGAAGGGUUCGCUGAGAGGGCAGACUGGAAUCUUCCCUCUUAACUACGUUGAGAAGCUUCCUGAUCCUACGGUCGAAGAGCUGCAGCGGGAUGCGCAGACGGAAACCGAAGUUUUCGGACAGAUCAAGAACGUCGAGAAGCUCUUGACCCUGCUUAGCACGCGUGGCUCUGAGCCCAAUGUGCAGGAGAACGAGGAGAUCACGAAUCUAUAUCACUCAACCCUGGCAAUUCGGCCUAAAUUGAUCGAGCUGAUUGGCAAAUACUCGCAAAAGAAGGAUGAGUUUACGCAACUCAAUGAGAAGUUUAUCAAAGCUCGACGGGAUUAUGAGACUCUUCUGGAGGCAUCCAUGUCGCACCCCGCUCAACCGCAGUAUGGCAGACCAGGCCAACCUCAGUACGGAUAUCCUGGACCCGCGUCGUCCCUGGGUUAUCCUGGCGCACAGGCUGACCCCCAGCGGUACUUCAGCCCGCGCCCCCAAGAGAGCCAGCCCGUCCAGUCUAAUACGAAUCCCUACUAUGGAGGAGAUCAGGCGUCUGGGUAUCCUGCCCCUACUCAGUCCCCUGACCCGCGCACCCAAACUCCUCCUGCAGGCGCACCAUACCAACAGCAGCCUUCGCAGCCUGCCCCCGACUCAUACCAGCCAGUGCAUCACCGACCGGAGUCGACGUAUGAACACCCUCAGGAACUAGGAACGUCCGUUUAUGAUUCGCCUGUCGACCACCCUUCGGCAGGCCGACCUCCCUACCCCAGCGCUCAAAUCCCAGGCGCUAUGCAACAUUAUCCCCAGCAGGAGUACUCUAACCCAGCAUACCCCUCUGAUGAUGCAGCCAACGUACCUCCCACCGGGCAAACGGCCCCAUACCCUCCUACCCCCGCGUCCCACCAACCAGCGCCGAUGCACCAACCUCCUCCUGUCCCGGGCGCAGCCGGCGCCGUACCUUAUCCCCUUAACCCUAGUGGUGGAGGCUAUCAGGCAUACAACCCUCCUGGAGGUGCCCCUAACUCCAACCCCGCAUCCUUCUAUCGAUAA